UGGACUCUCUAUGCACUCGCUGUGUACGCCAUCUUGCACUGCGGUUUUGGGAAGCAUAUCGCCGCCGUAAUGUUGAUGGACCCGAGUGGCCGUAUCUUAGAAAAGGGAGAACUGGUAAUUGAAUGGCUCGGCGAACUUGUCUAUGUCCUGCUGAUCACCAUCGUCAAGUGCAGCGUCUUGAGCAUGUAUCGGCGCAUCUUUCCCACUAGGGUCGUACAGUUAGGAACCAUGGUCCUGGGGGUCAUCGUCGCGAUGUGGUUUCUUGCCACCACACUAGCUUUUAUUUUUCAAUGCUUUCCUGUUUCAAAGGCCUGGAAUCCGGCUAUCACUACUGGAUCGUGUAUCGAUAAAGAGAAGUUCUUUCUGGGCAACAGUAUCCCUAACAUACUAACGGACCUGGCCAUCCUCUGUCUCCCUGUAUACGAAGUCUAUCACUUACAAAUAAUCAAGGCCAGAAAGAUAGGACUCCUUUUCGUUUUCUUACUUGGAGGCCUUGUAGUCAUCAUCAGCAUCGUGAGACUGAAAGUCCUCAUCGAUAUUGCGCGAGAGGGGCUGGCUGCCGAUUACACUGUGGAGAUCAACGGUGCCAACAUCUGGACCGUCGUUGAGCCUUCCAUAGGGAUGGUCUCUGCAUCCCUCCCCACGCUAAGACCUGCCAUUGCCAUACUUGGCAAGGUUUUCGGCAUCUCUAGCUCGGGCUCGAAGGAUAACGCUCAGAAGAAGUCUGACAGCCAACACACUGUCGUGACAAUUGGCGGCUCUGGCAAGUCUCGCAAGGCCACCCGUGCGAAGGGCAGCGGAAUAACGACAACCACUAGCGAUGUUCAAGGAUCUUUUGAGAGGCUAACAGACGAGCAUGGUCAGGAGGACUCCAGUCUUUGGCCGCCAGGCUAUGAAAACAAGCGAGAUACUCGCGUAACAAGCAAAGGCCCAGAAGGCUAUGUAACGGAUAUACCUCUGAAACGCAUUGCCGUCAAACAUGAUAUAGACUGGAUUGAAACGAGAAACGCAGACGCCACCUCCUAG